AUUCUCUGAGGCCACCGGCCACCGUGGUUAAGAGAAGGCGUUGGUCGCUUUCACUAGUAUAACUUGACCACCAUCUCCUGAAUGCACCUUCUUCCACACAGCUCACUUCUUUCCGGUUCCCGGUCUUUAGGCAGGCGUUUCACUGGCCAAGCAAGAUGGUGUCAGUAACGUUAAAGGAUGUUGACCAACAUCACUUUGUCAAGGCCUUCAGUGCCUUCCUUAAGAAAACAGGGAAAAUGAAGUGCCCUGACUGGGUUGACCUAAUCAAGAGCGCUAGGUACAAGGAAUUGGCCCCCUAUGACCCUGACUGGUUCUACGUAAGGUGUGCUGCCCUGAUCCGUCACAUCUAUUUCCGCUCCCCUGUUGGUGUUGGAGCCGUCACCAAAAUCUUCGGCGGCCGCAAGAGCAAUGGUGUUCGUCCCUCCCACUACUGCCGCGGUGCUGGUGGUGUUGCCCGCAAAGCACUGCAAGCACUGGAGCAGCUGAAACUUAUCGAAAAGGGUGAUGGUGGCAGAAGACUGACCGUGCAAGGUAGACGAGAUCUGGAUCGUAUUGCCGCUCAGGUCUUCACCCAAACGAAGAAACAGAAACUUCUUGCAGCAGCUGCCGCUGGUGGAGUUGUAGUAGUUGCUCCCACUAAGGAAGUUGUUGCUGAAUGAUAGAUUAAUAAAAUUCUCACAAAAUCCAA